GCCUUCUCUCUUUUUUUUCUUUUUUCUUAUUUUUAAAAAAUGGGUCUUUUAGACGAGUUUAAGUCACGUAACUUUUCACUUUAUGCUCAAUGGCUUGGUGUAAUUUCUAUUAUUUUAUUAGUUGCUCUGGGUGUAGUUACUUUGACCAGUAAUCCUAUUUUUGCCAUUGUAGGCUGGGUGAUAGCCUUUGUCUUGUUUUUUAUAGAAGUUCCACUUUGUACGAAAUUUUGUCCUACCAGUCCAAGAUUUGAUGCAUUUAUUGCUGGAUUUGAGAAUGCUUAUUUCCGUGGUGCAGUCUACAUCAUUUUCUCUAUUGUCAUGUUCUUGUCUACUUUGAUCAAUACCACUGUCCUUGUUGUGCCUGCUGUUACGUUAUUACUCACUUUUCUUUCUUAUGGUAACCAGACUCGUGUUUCAUUAGAUGUAUUUACUAGUUUAUAGUGAUUGCUGCUAUCAAGAACCAACCCUAUGCAAGUUCAAGGGCACUUGGCGGUACUGGUGUAGAUAACGUUGUAUGAACA